UAUAAGUUAUAGUGCCAGAUAAAUUGUAAUUGCAUUCUCUAAUACCAGUCUGUAAAAAAUCCCCAGAUCGAAAUAAUAUGUCUGAAGAACUGAGUAAAGAUCAAAUUGCAUUACUGAAGAAUGCAUUCGACACUUUCGAUGUAGAAAAAAAAGGAAGUAUCGGUACAGUCAUGAUUGGUACAAUUUUGAGUAUGCUUGGGAUUCAAACAACGGAUUCAAUGUUGAAGGAGAUCAUAGAUGAAGUAGACGAAGACGGAUCAGGCGAGUUAGAAUUUGAAGAGUUCAUCACUUUAGCUUCGAGGUUCAUGGUUGAGGAAGACGCUGAAGCUAUGCAACAAGAGUUGAAAGAAGCAUUUCGUCUCUAUGAUAAAGAAGGUAAUGGCUAUAUAACAACUAGUACAUUGAAAGAAAUUCUCAAAGAGCUUGAUGAUAAAAUAACAAGUGAUGAACUGGACAUGAUGAUUGCUGAAAUCGACGCAGAUGGGUCUGGAACUGUUGAUUUUGAUGAGUUCAUGGAAGUUAUGACUGGAGGGGACGAUUAAGGCAUACCGCCUCCAAGAAAGCUCAACAGCGAAAGAAAAGACAUCGUGUAAUAGUUCACUCGCCUCACAACUCUGUGACUUACACGGGUGACUGUACCCAAACAAUUCGAACAAUCGAAUGCUUGUCUCGUUCCUAAAUAAAAACAUAAAAAAUGCGA